UAAAUCCAACUUUCUCCUAUCAAACUAUCUAGGGUUUGGGUAUAUAAAGACGCCGACAACAUCCCGUGUUAGAUCAGAACCACAUAUUUUUCCGGUGGAGGCCUCAGAGGACCGAUUCCGACCUUUCUUGAAAAGCAUCUCCGUGUUCUUCUUAAUGGACGAACCAAAUGGGGCUGUAAAUGGUGUUAAAAUCAAGCUGGAGGAAGAAGAAACUAACGAAGACCUAAGAACUACUUCCGACCAUCAAAACGACGACGACGCCGGCGCUUCUCAGCCUCUUACCGGGGAUGGUGCCAGUCCUGGAAAGAUUUUUAUUGGGGGCUUGGCUAGAGAGACAACUUCAGCGCAAUUUGUCAAGCACUUUGGUAAAUAUGGUGAAAUCAUUGAUUCUGUGAUUAUGAAGGAAAGGCGAACAGGACAGCCACGUGGGUUUGGUUUUGUGACUUAUGCUGACCCCUCCGUUGUGGAUAAAGUCAUCGAGGAUGACCAUGUUAUAAAUGGAAAGCAAGUGGAAAUCAAGCGAACCAUACCUAGAGGAGGAGGUUCCAGCUCAAAAGAUUUCAAGACAAAGAAGAUUUUUGUGGGUGGCAUCCCAACAACAAUUAGUGAAGAUGAGUUCCGAGACUUCUUUUUAAAGUUUGGAGAGGUGAAAGAGCACCAAAUCAUGCGCGAUCAUUCUACUAGUCGUUCUCGUGGCUUUGGAUUCAUUACUUUUGACACAGAAAAAUCGGUUGAGGAUAUCUUGGCUAAUGGAAACAGGCUUGAUUUUGCUGGAACGCAGGUGGAAAUCAAGAAGGCUGAGCCUAAGAGACCUAAUGCACCACAACCAGCCCCAUUCAGGCGCCAAGGUCAUUCGAGAGCUGCAUAUGGUGGUGGAUUUUCAGAUUCUUAUGGUGGAUAUGGAGACUCUGGUUUUGGUGCUGGUCCUUAUAGGUCUGGUGGCGGCCCCUAUGGUGGCAGAUCCAGUGCAUUUGGUGGAUAUAGUGGAGCCGGAAUGGGUGGAUAUGGAGCAUAUGGUGGCAGUGGUGCUUAUGGAGGAGGCUUCAGGGAGGAGGCUUCUUUUGGGUAUUCUAGCCGUUAUGGUGGUGGAGCCUUUGGUAGAGGCUACGAUGUUGGUGGUGGGUAUGGAGGACCAGCUGAAGGCUAUGGAGGAUAUGCUGCUGGUGGUGAAUAUGGCAGUGGAUAUGGUGCUGCUGGUCUUGGCAGUGGGUAUGGAGGAGAUGCUACCGGAGGUUCAAUGUAUGGAAGUAGUAGGGGAAGCUAUGGUGGUGCUGGUUCCGGCAGAUAUCACCCUUAUGGGAGAUAGAAAGUGAAAUAUGUUGAAGCAAAUCUGAACUGUCUCUGGCUUGGUGAUAUUAAGCUUAUGGCCAGAGAUGUAUACUCAAUCAGGCAGUUGUUGAGAGCUAAAUCUUGUUUUUUUUUCUCCUCGAAUUUUGAUUGAAAAAUAUUAGUUCUGUUAAUCUACUUGCUCAAUCUAUAUACUGGUGUCUUUGAUA